AUGGAUAUCCAGGAGACCCAACGUCUUCUUUCGGAAUACCUCCAUGAGCUCGCAAAUCUAUUUCACCGUCUACCAGGAUCUGCAAUUUUCCUGCGGUACGUGAAAUCGAGCUAUCAGAAUGAUCCGAUCCGAUCCGCCGUCGAAUUGUUCCUUUUCCUAUUCGCAGUUCGCUAUCUGCUCGCACCAAAGUACUCAACGAAACCCGGAGUCGUCAAACUUUCCGAGGAUGAGAUUGAUGACCUCGUGGACGAAUGGACGCCGGAGCCUCUUGUGGGACAGCCCACAGCUCUGGAGGAAAUGGAGGUCGAGAAGCGGACGGUCAUUGUUGGUCCGAUCGGGCCCAAGUCCAAACUGUCUAACGGUCGCACGGUGAUGAAUCUUGGUUCUUUCAACUUCUAUAACUUUAAUACAAAUGAGGGUCUCAAGGAAAAAGCAAUCCAGACGCUCCGCAAUUAUGGAGUUGGCCCCUGUGGUCCCCGAGGAUUUUACGGCACACAAGACGUACACAUGAAGACCGAAGCAGAUGUUGCUGCCUAUCUCGGCACAGCGGCUUGCAUCAUCUACUCCCAGGCAUUCUCUACCAUAUCGAGUGUCAUCCCCGCAUUUUCGAAACGUGGAGAUAUCAUUGUUGCCGACAAGGGUGUCAAUUUUGCCAUUCGCAAGGGUAUUCAGAUUUCGCGCAGCAUGGUCCGGUGGUAUGAGCAUAAUGAUAUGGAAGACUUGGAAAGAGUUCUUGCGAAGAUCACUAAAGAGCAAGCGAGAAAGCCCCUCACGAGAAGGUUCAUCAUCACCGAGGGCCUUUUCGAAUCGUAUGGUGACAUGGUCGAUCUUCCCAAAAUCAUUGAACUGAAACUCAAGUACAAAUUCCGACUCAUCCUUGACGAAACUUGGUCAUUUGGCGUCUUGGGAAGGACCGGCCGAGGUGUCACUGAGCACCAAAACGUCGAUGCGGCAGAAGUUGAUAUGAUUGUGGGCUCGCUGGCCGGCCCACUCGUCGCUGGAGGCGGUUUCUGUGCUGGUUCUGAGGAAAUUGUCCAUCAUCAACGCAUCUCUGCCGCCGCAUAUACAUUCUCAGCGGCAUUGCCUGCCCUUCUAUCGACGACAGCCAGUGCAACGAUCAACUUGCUCCAGAAUGGCCCUGAAGUAGUAUCGCAGCUCAGGGAGCAUACCAAAGCUAUGUGGGCACAGUUGGAUCCUCGCAGUGAUUGGGUGUAUUGUACCAGCGCUCCUGAGAAUCCUGUCAUGAUCCUUGUUUUCAAACCCGAUGUGGUGGCCGCGAAGAGACUUACUGCGGAAGACCAGCAGUUCUUACUGCAGGAUGUGGUUGACGAGUGCCUUGCGAAUGGUGUCCUUAUCAGCCGUCUCAAGUCUCUGGAUGAUAACUUUGAGCCGAAGCAAAUUGUUCCUCCAGCGCUCAAGGUGUGUGUCACCAUCGGCUUGACGAGAAAGGAAAUCGAAAAGGCCGGAACGAUAAUUCGCCAUGCUAUCACCAAGGUGGUGAGCAAGAGAAAGUAG